AUGUGUUAUGAGUUUGAAAUCAAUUCAAGAAAGUAUGUGUUUGAAGAAGCCCAUAUGGUGUUUUAUGGUACCAAUGAUCCAAAUCGUGGUUCUUAUACAACUUUGUUCUCUGGUGCGAAAUUCUGGCUCGAAUUUUGCUGCAAUGGAUGGAUUGAUUUUGAGAUCGCGAGAAGCUAUCUAGGGUUUGUUUCUAAUCCUCCAUUACAGAUGGAGGACACUGAUGAAGAUUUCUUUGAUAAAUUGGUCGAUGAUGUUGAUGAUCAAUUUAAGGCCACUCCAUCAUCUUCAGCCGUGAAUGAUUCUAAUAAGGCUAAAGCUAAUUCAAGCAUCAAUAAUGGCAGAAAUGCACUCAAAGAAUCAGAGAAAGUAGUUACAGAAGAUGAUAAAGCUUCUUCCACGAUUAGUUCAGGUCUCAUAGAUGAAUUAGCCAGCAAUCAAGUGGAUCCUGGUCAGUCAUUAGUGUCAUCUUCUUCCUUUGCAUUUAAUUCUGUAAAUGAAGAACCAAAUAAUGCAAUACGAAUGGAGGAACGAUUUGAUUCAACAGAGGUGCAGUGGAGUGCUUUCACUACUGAUCCUCUACACAACACAAGUAAUUCAUUUGGAUCAUACUCUGACUUCUUCACAGAAUUUGGAGAUAAUUCCACUCACCAGUCAAAAGGAGGCAACUUGAUUAACAAUGAAGUGAAUUCAAGUAAUGAUUAUUCACAUCAAUAUCAAGAAGGGCAGUUGUAUACAACAUCCGGGGGACAAACUACAGAUAAUCAAGAUCUUAACACCAGUCAAUAUUGGGAGAAUCUUUAUCCAGGAUGGAAGUAUGACACCAAUUCUGGACAAUGGUAUCAAGUUGAUCAAAGUUAUGAUCCAACAACAAACACACAAGGGGUUGAUACUUUGAGUUCUGCUUCUGAUUACCAAGCUUCCCAAUCUUUGGUAGCAGAUAAAGGGAUGAAUGAAAGUGUAACAAGUUGGAGUCCAGUUUCACAAACUAGUCAAACUAAUGAGAGUCAAUCACAAGGAAACAACGGGUACCCUUCACAUAUGUAUUUUGAUCCUCAAUAUCCAGGUUGGUAUUAUGACAUGAAUCUUCAAGAAUGGCGUUGUUUGGAUUCAUAUAAUUCUCAAGCAACCACCAACACUGGAAACCAAGAUAAUAACAAUGUCAAUCAACAACAACAACAACAACAACAACAACAACAGUCUUAUGAUUAUGGGAACUUCAGUCAAUCAACAACAAUGGAGCAAAGUGAGAUGAUGAAUGCUGGCAAGGGGUAUGGAAGUCAAAACCAAUUGACCUACUCACAUCAUGGAUCUUAUGGCUCUAAUAGGUCAUCUGCAGGUCAACCUCCUCAUGCCUUGGUUACUUUUGGUUUUGGUGGGAAAUUGAUUGUGAUGAAGGAUACAAGUGGUGGGCCAAUUUCUGUUCUUAACAUGGCUGAAAUUGUGACUGGAGGUGGUGACAUGGCAACCGGUGGGACCCGCGUAUGUGGUUACUUUCACACUCUUUGCCGCCAGUCAUUUCCUGGCCCACUUGCUGGUGGAAAUGUUGGUGGUAAAGAGCUGAAUAGAUGGAUUGAUGAGAGAAUCACACAGUCACACCCUCCUGCUGACAUGGAUUAUAAAAAAGAUCAAGUUUUAAAGCUUCUACUUUCUUUACUCAAAAUAGCUUCACAACAUUACGGGAAAUUACGUUCUCCUUUUGGCACCGACACUACAUCAAAGGAAAACGACGCCCCGGAUGUAGCGGUUGCUAGACUAUUUGCAUCUGCAAAGAAAGACACUUCUCAAUAUGGUGAUUAUGGAGCUUUCGCUAACUGCUUGCAACAGUUGCCACCAGAAGGACAAAUUCGGGCAACUGCUUCUGAAGUCCAAACUCUGCUAGUUUAUGGUAGAAAGAUAGAGGCUCUUCAACGUGCACAAGAGGGUCAAUUAUGGGGGAUUGCCUUAGUUCUUGCAGCACAACUUGGUGAUCAGUUCUAUGUGGAUUGUGUUAGGAAGAUGGGUGUUCAUCAGCUAGUAGCAGGGUCACCUUUAAGGACAUUAUGUCUACUUAUUGCUGGUCAACCUGCAGAUGUAUUUUCAACUGACUCUACAACAGAUUGUGCCACUGUUGCUGCUGUAAAUAUAUCACAGGCUCAACUUGGAGCUAAUGCUAUGAUUGAUGAUUGGGAAGAAAAUUUGGCUAUGAUUACUGCUAACAGGACCAAAGAUGAUGAAUUGGUGCUUAUUCAUCUUGGAGAUUGUUUAUGGAAGGAAACAAGUAAUAUUAUUGCUGCACACAUUUGCUACUUAGUUGCUGAAGCAAACUUUGAGCCCUAUUCAGACAGUGCUAGACUGUGUCUGAUUGGUGCAGAUCACUGGAAGCAUCCAAGAACAUAUGCCUGUCCAGAAGCCAUUCAGAGGACAGAGGUGUAUGAAUAUUCAAAGCUUUUGGGGAACUCUCAGUUUACCUUGCUACCAUUUCAACCGUAUAAGCUUAUAUAUGCCAAUAUGUUGGCUGAAGUAGGAAGAGUAUCUGACUCAUUAAAGUAUUGUCAAGCGAUAUCAAAAGCUUUAAAAACUGGGCGAGCACCUGAAGCAGAAACAUGGAGACAUAUGGUUUCAUCCUUAGAAGAUCGCAUAAAAACCCACCAACAGGGUGGGUUCUCUACAAACUUGGCUCCGGGUAAAUUAGUUGGAAAACUGCUCAACCUUUUUGACAGCACAGCACACCGUGUAGUUGGGGGACUCCCGCCACCUGUCCCAUCAACAUCGGGCCCCACUGCACAAAACGAGCACCAUCCUCAUCCACAUCAUCAUAAUCAUAAUCAUCAACCUCGGGUGUCUGCCAGUCAGUCCACCAUGGCCAUGUCAUCAUUAGUUCCUUCUGCAUCCAUGGAAUCUGCAGAAGGAAACAACAGAAGAAUCAUGCAUAACAGAAGCGUUUCUGAACCUGACUUUGGUCGCUCUCCCCGCCAGGAUCAGGUUGAUUCAUCAAAAGAAAACUCUACAGAUUCACAAAGUAAUUCAUCAUUUACUUCAAGAUUUGGUCGAUUUGGAUUUGGGUCACAACUUUUCCAAAAGACUUUCAGUUUAGUUCUAAAACCUCGUCAAGACAAACAGGCGAAAUUAGCAGAAGAAGCGGCACUUGCACCACCACCAACCAUGGCGGCAUUCCAAAACGGAACACCCAAAACCGCCGCCAAGAGUGAAGGGUCUCUCAGCAACGGUGGCUCGGAAUUAUCCACCGGAACCACCACCGUAGGACACAGCUCCGGCAUCCCGCCAAUCCCCGCCUCCUCCGGUCAAUUUUCUGCACGUGGAAGAAUGGGUGUACGUGCAAGAUACGUGGACACAUUCAACCAAGGUGGUGGAAACCCAACAAAGUCGUUCCAAUCACCACCCACCACGUCUGUAAAACCCAUCACGAAAUCAAACCCUAAAUUCUUCGUUCCAGUACCUUCAUCCCAACAAUCCAACUCAUUUCAUGGUAAUAACACGCAACAAAAAACCACAAGUGUUGAUGAAAUUAACGAUUCACCUCCAUUCCGAACACCAACUUAUCAAUCAAUGCAAAGAUUUGGAAGCAUGGAUGAUUUGGGAAAAGGGGGAAUGGGAAUGGGAAUGCCUGUGUUUCCUAGUAACACGUGUUCACGAAGAACAGUUUCAUGGGGAGGAAGUAUGGAUCAACGGUUUUGUAAUCAAAGGAAUCGGGGGAAUAAUGGCGAUGGGUUUAUGAGUGAGGAUCUUCAUGAGGUUCAACUUUAGAACAAAAUUGAAUUCAUUAUUUUUUGAUAACCAAUUGUAUAGAGAUAGAUUCUUGUUGCUUAAUGCUUAUUAUUAUAAAUGUAUAGUUUACGGGUGGGUCC